GAAAGAGGGAUGUUGCGUCCAACGAGGUUGCAUAUCACGAGAGAUGUCAAAAUUUAAAAAUGGAAUAGUUUGAAAGUGACGCCGCGUCAUAGAUGUAACAAAUUUAAAUAUCGCGCGGUUUCGAAAGUGUUACAGUGUUAUUGUUAGAUUUAUUAUUAAUAGUGACGUUUCUAAAGUAGGGUCUAGAAAUAUAACAAAAACGACUUACAACCAUAAGAAUAUAAGUGAAGGAUGAGCUAGGGUAGUUUCAGUGGUCGGCACCUUAGUCGUUAUUGUGGUGCCUGCAUGACCUUGACACAUUUUCCCGCGCUAGCGCUCAAACCUUGUUUUCAAUUGCACCGUCUCUUGAAUUUAGCUAACAGCCAUUAUAUUAGUGACAUUAAAAAUAACAUAAAACGGAGUGUGAAAUGUUUCAUAGCAUCAAAGUCAUUUAAUAUAAUAAAAUAUGAAAUAAGAGUAAAUUGAAAGAUAAAAUGAUGACUUUAACUUAAUAUAAAUAUAAUACAAAUUAAAUUACACUUAGUUGUAUGAAAGAAAUUACUAUGCAAGAUUUUAACAAGUUGUGACCUUCUAUUGGUUAGGUCGGUGACAAUGAAGACUUUACGAGAUAUUAACAUCAGCAUUAUGUUUAUCGCUGUAAUACUUACUCUGAUCAGAUCCACCGACUGUGAUAUUGUUGACGGCAGAAACGUUUACCAAAAAGAUGGUACAUUUUUACAAGAGCCGGAAUCACUGCCAGUGCUACAUUUAAAUGAUACCAAAUGCAGAAUAUCAGAGUAUCAGUGUUUUAAUAAACGUUGUAUCCCGAUAAACAGAUUUUGUGAUGGAGGCAACGACUGCGGUGACGCCUCGGAUGAACCCCGUCACUGCACACGUUGCAACAAAACAUACUAUGGAGAUAUCGGUAGAACAUAUGAACUGGAAUUGCAUCGUCCUAGAGAAGAUCUGGUACCAUAUGUCUGCUUACUGACCAUCACUGCUGCUGGAGGUGUGCACGGAGAUCUUGUUCAGAUAUUAUUCGAUAGUUUCACGUUGGGUCGUUUCACAUCGUUCGUUGACGACGGCUGCCCUGAUGGCUACAUGCAAAUUCAAGAGGCAAGCCGUCCCCAAGUAGGCGGUUCGUGGUGUGGAACUUCCUGGGGCCCCUCAAUUUAUUACAGCGAGACGAAAUCUAUUACGCUUAUUAUUCGCCUAUUACAUUUGUCUAAGGAACAGAAUAAUUAUAACUUUGAUUUCCGUAUGGCAUAUAAAGUUUUAAGGAAAGAAUAUGCCACUGUCAGAUACGGUGGAACGCCACCUUCAGAGAGACCUUUUUUCAAACUCAGGCCAAUGUUAUACCCUGUAAACAUAUCACACGGAGAAGAUACGAACAUUGGAAGGACGGCAAAAACUCCAGAGUAUUACCUCGGGGAUUUGAUCUCGGGGACUUAUUGCUCUCGGAUCUACAGUGACUGCGAUCGUAAAAACUGUAGAUUACAAUCUCCAAACUUCCCCGGCGUUUAUCCUAGAAAUCUCACUUGUUACUAUGCGGUUAGACAGCACGAAGUGCCUCAAGGAAAACAUGCUUUAAUAGUUGUGAAACAACCGAAUGGCCAGUUAAUUUCCAUAAGAAGUCAAAAGGCAUUGUACGCUCCAUCUCAAAAUGAUAGGGAGACUAACGGUAGAGAAUUAAAAUUUUGGCAACAGUGCGAUGAAGUACAGGACUAUGUGACAGUUUAUGAUGGCUACACGACAAGAGAUCCCGUUAUACUGAGGUUUUGCGGUGGUGGAGUUUCAGUUCCUGAAGCGAUAUCAAGUGGUCCGGAAUUGUUAGUCGAGUUUACUACUUCACCUUUUGGUACAUUUCUCCAACCGGCUACAUCACAGUCUCUACAUGGAUUCCAAUUAGAAGUCGAGGUGAGAUUUGUUGACCAACAAUCUCCAACGUACGCAAAAAAUAAAAGAGCUUGUGAAUUUUGGAUUCGAGGAACUGGUAGGGGAGUUUUGGAGCAUCCACAACAUUCACUUCCUCCAAACACAACAUGCCUUUAUCACAUGCAAGGAAUCGAUACUUCCGGUCCAUCAGGAAGAAAUAUUAUUUACAGACGGCAAUUUUCUGCACCGCGUUUUAGGGUUUGGUUCUCUGUAUUAAAAUUUUAUGUGACAAACGCUAUCAAUCCCAAUUUGCCUGAAGAUGAGUAUUGUGGGAGCCAUUUGAAUAUAUGGGAUGGGCCAAUGAGGAUAUCUCCCGGUUGCAGUGAUAUCUUUUGUGAUAAAGAACGAUCGGUUCAAAUGUCAAGAGCCACUUCCGCCCAGUCCGUGAUAGUUGGACGGCCACCGACAAAUGCAACCCUCAUAGCUAGGUUCUGCCGCGAACGGGCUCCAAGGACUUGUGAACAUGCGUUAUUAAGACGAUCUAGAGCAUGUGCUAGAACAGAAAGUUUCUUGUCUAAAGGGGACUCUUUAACGUUGGAAUUGAAGUUAACACAAGGAACAGCACUGAAGCCAGUAUUCUUUAAAGCUCUAUACGAGUUUGUAGAUUUACAUCAAGAUGGGGAGGCUUGGGGACGCGGGCCGUGUUCCAGACGUUUUGCGUCAAGGUCAUUCCCUGAAGCGCCACCAGACCCGCCGGUUACCUUCUCCUCGCCCAGAGAUGUCUUUUUGUAUGGUCGUGGCGGUGCUAAAAACAUCAGUUGCACUUAUCGCUUCGAAGCCAAUCCGGGUGAGGUAGUACGUCUCCGAGUGUGGGGCGUCAGGAAUGGUGGAAGGUUAUGCAGGUCCGUGCACUCGGCUCACUCACCAUGGUAUCGAUGCGGAGGAAAUCCUACAGCUGCUGUGAGGAUCUUCGAGAGACCAUGGAAAGAUAAUGGAGCUGGUGUUCCAAGGGACUGUUUGUGCAGCGAUGUUCCUGACUAUGAAUUCACAUCCACCUCAGCAGUGGCUGAACUAAAGUUUGACGUGGUCAACAUGUCCGCUGUUGAUGACUUCAGAUCUUUCGGUUUUGAGGCAUCUGUUGAGUUCGUAAGGCUGAGCAGUGUUUGUGAUUCCACCCACCGAGUGUUUGGAGCUAGUGGGGAAUUGAGGCUUUCAUACUAUCCUCCAAUGUCUGAAGAUGAUCGUUGUGACUUUCGUCCCUGGUUGAUUGAUCCAGCACCAGGCAGGUACCUUUAUCUCCAAAUCCAAGGCAGUUUGAUUAAGGAACCGGAACUCGAUAACUUCACGUUACAAAAUAAUAUAACAGUUGCUCCGGAUUUGAGGCAUUUAUGCCAAACACAGAAUCGUAUUGCAGUCUACGCUGGAGGACUUUCUCCGAUAUUCAUAUGUCCUAGGCCACCAGUAGAACAGGAAGACGACGUAGUGGAAGUAUUCUCCGAAGGUUGGACUUCGGAAGUAGAUGGUUUGUCCAGACACGUGCUGGCGGCGACGCCCUCCCUCGACCGGUUCGAUUUGGAAUGGCCACGAUCGCUCUCUGUUGAACUGAUAGCCGCGGAGACUGGUUCCUAUUACAUUACGUGGUUGGAACUGUCGAGGAGACACCCAAGUCCUCGCGGCGGUGUCUUCGCUCUCUCCGGCGAGUGUACUCAUAAAUGUUCGUCUUUGGACGCGUGCAUCGAACCAGCUCUUUGGUGUGACGGAGUGCCGCAGUGUCCGCACGGGGAGGACGAGCGUCUGUCGCAAUGCUCUGCUCUCAUGAGACUGCCCGCGCAUUACGCAGCCGCUCUGCUCGCGCUCACAGUGCUUGCGGUAUUCGCUGUGAUAGCGGUGAUGCGUUCGUGUCGCAGACGGCGGUCAGCUUUCCAACAACGUCUCAAGAGUUUAUCAUCCGAUACAGCUAUAUUCGACGAGAAAGAAGUGAUUUGCUGACCAAGCGAGGACUCUGUGCGGUACGUGGAAGUAGACCGCGUCACCACCGUGUGACCGUCUCCCGCACAGAGUCUCAUACUAAUGUUCAUACAUCCGCCACCUCUUGGCGCAUCGGUGAGAAUCCGUUUAUUUCUAUACGGUUGAUAUUUAAUUCUCUUCUAUUAUUCCUCACUAUAAGUUAAUACUUAAUUGAUUAUGUAUGGACCAAACGCAGUCGAACGGUCACCGUGUCCAUGUAUUAAGUGGUCUUUAUCAAACCCAUCGUAUUUCCUUUGUAUCUGUAUAUAUGAACGCACAAUUUUUCGACCGAUCGACUUGUGGCACAACGUUCAUUUGUUCUGUUACUCGAUUGUGAUUUUUAAUGUAAUGUAAAUAGAGUAGUAUUUAUUGUGUAACGUUCGUCAUAGUAUAGACCGUUGUGGCAAUAAUUCUGUUAAUGUUUCCCAAGUCGUCUGUGUUCUCUCAAUUCUAUAUGUAUACGUGAUAGAAAACUGCCAUUUUGAAAUUGAAAUGUUCUUCAACGACGCCACCGAAAAUUAAAAAAAAAAAGAGUUCAAUCUAAAUAAAUGUUAAGAUGGAUUUUAUUUUACAAUGAUGUUUACCUAUCCGUCUAUUGACGAGAGUUAUGUUGACGGCCAAAUAUCUGCCACUUUUAAUAUAAUUUUAAUAGAUAUUUAAAUAUAAAUCAAUUAAAUUAAACAUUUUAAAAUAUUAUAAUAAUACGAUGUAAAUAAAAUUUAAACUAUUCAUAUCUUAGAAACGUAUUGAAGUGAUAUAAAGAGAUGUUUCCCAGGGAAAUCGUUUGAAUCUUUGUCGAGUUACUAUUAGAGAAUUUGUAGAUAAUGAUGAUCCUAUUGAAUAACCUCGUUUUAUUAACAAUAAGAUAUUGUUACUGAUAUAUAUAUUAAGUCCACUAAUAUUGUUUCUCGUUCAUAUCGAGUGUGAGGACUUUAGGAAACGGAUAUAGUAUUGUUGAAGUAUGAAUGGAGGGACAAUUUUAUUAUAUAUAACAUGUUACAUACGAGGUCUAGCGUUCAUUGAUAAUGUCCUUUGAUAGGUUAACGAUAAGCAUUAGAGGAGGUUUGUUUCCAUUUGGACGUAGAUUCGGUUUUAGCGUGCGAUUGAGUUUUGUAAUUUGUUAUCGAAGUAAGUUAGCGGAACUGGUGUAGCAUGUUUAUAUCGUCUUCCAUAAUAUACGAUAAUUUCGGAGGUUUUCAUUAUUAUUAUUAUUAUUAUUUUUUGUCAAUUUUGUUCGAUUAACCAUUUGUAUGAAAUACGGUAAAUUUCCAAUAGCGGAAGUGAACUAAUAAUCCAAAUCAGGUGUUAUCCUGGAAGACAAUAAUGAAGGGAAAUAGCUGUUUAAGCAGAGAUACUACUUUGGACAUACAUUGACGAGAAUUAUGGUGAUAUAAAGUUUUUAAAAUAAAAUUAUUUAUUGCAUGAAA